UAAAAAAAAAUUAAAUGUCAAAACAACGAGGUGGCUUCUUUUCGAUUAAAAAUAAAAAUUAAAUUUUAAUGACAUUUAUGAAUUAACAUUAUAAUUUGUAAAUAUGGAGCGAACUUGCCAAACUUGUCUCGCAGUUGGUGUCAACAUAAAUCCUAUGUCUUUCGAAGAUAUAGAAUGCUAUCGGCUAUUUAUUACGAAGAUUGAAGAUCCCUUAGAUGUAAUAUACAUAUGCUUCCACUGCAAAGCUGUUAUAAGAAAACUGAGACGAUUCAUUAGACAGUCAAGACUUGCAUAUGAAAUCCUUAAAUCUUCAGUAAGAAACUCGGAAUUACAUCAGAAAGUGAUUAUGGGUCAAUUGUCAACAUCAGAUACUAUCUGUCACUAUAUUGGUCCGGAAUCAGAUAUGGAAGCUGAUGUCACAAACUGUGCAGAUGACAAUGAGGAUGACAUCCCACUGGUGAUGCUGAGUCAGCAAAACUGUGAUGACAUGGAAUUUGACAAUGACGCGGAAUCGGACAACGUCGGUAUACGCAUAGAGAACAUUAAACAAGAAGAAACUACACCAGCAGAGAGAAGGAGAAAUCAGAAGAGAGUCAGAAAGAAGAAGAAAGAAGUCAGAGAAGGUUUCUCUUCUCGAAUGGUCACAGAGACUGAUGAAUAUAAAGUUAUUAAACUUACUAAGGAACAGAUAUUAGAAGAAAUGCGUCUGCACUCCCAGAGUGACAAGUACAAAGUGUUGCCAUACAAAUGUGAGACUUGCGUGCGGGGUUUUAACUUCGAAGAUGUUCUACAAACACAUAUGGAGAAGCAUUCGCCUAAAAAUGGUGAUUUCCAAUGUGACAUCUGCACCCAGUACUGUCCCAGCAGAGUGUCGUUAAGGGGACACAUGAAGUCGCAUUCCACUAGAUAUAAAUGCAAGUUGUGCGGUCUUGUCCGUCUGUCCAGACAACACAUAUUGGAACAUCACUCGUUGCAGCACACGGGUUCACCUGCGCUGUAUACGUGCCCCAAAUGUGAUCAUACUACCAACAAACGCACGGCGAUGCAGAGACACGUGCGUCUGCACGCGGCGGGCGAGCCGCUGCGCUGUCACUGCUGCGGCAAGCUCUACAAGAGCAAGGAGUCCCUGAGGAUACAUGUUAUGCGCCACGACGACAGAAAACUGCACCAGUGUCAAGUUUGCUCGAGCACAUUCAUAUACGCCGCCCAGCUGAGUACGCACAUGCGCGCCGUCCACGAGCUGAGGGACUACUACUGCGUCGAGUGCGACAUCAUGUUCAAGUCCAUGAAUAACUUAAAACAACAUUUGCAGCGCGCAAAGCGACACAGAGACGACUCUUCGUACAAAUUCCAAUGCCAGCAAUGCGAACAGAAGUUCAUAUCAGCCUCAACGCUCGCGACGCACAACACCAAUGCGCACGGUGCGGCGCGCAGCGAGGCGUGCGACGCGUGCCCGCGGGCCUACAGCAGCGCGGAGGCGCUCCGCUGGCACACGCGACGCGCGCACGGUGCUGCAGUGCGCACGACCAUACCCUGUCCGCUGUGCGACCGGCAGUUCUCGCGCAAGUACGUGCUCCGCGUGCACAUGCGCUCGCACACGGGCGAGCGGCCGCACGCGUGCGGCUGCGGCGCCGCCUUCGCGCAGCCCGCCGCCCUGCGCGCGCACACAGCGCAGCACCACAAGGUAUGUGUGUGUUGUGUGUGGUGUGCCGUGCGCCGUGCUCCGCAGCGCAAGUACGUGCUCCGCAGCGCAAGUACGUGCUCCGCGUGCACAUGCGCUCGCACACGGGCGAGCGACCGCACGCGUGCGGCUGCGGCGCCGCCUUCGCGCAGCCCGCCGCCCUGCGCGCGCACACAGCGCAGCACCACAAGAAACCUGCCACGAUGGACGAAAAUGAAACGUAACUAGAAAAACGAAAUACUUUUGUAUUUUUUUUUUUAUUAAAAUAAAUUUAUUUAUUGAAUUGUU